AUGAGAGGACUUCAAGUGAAUAUCCCCUUUCUUCAUGUUAUGUCACAAAUGCCUACAUAUGCAAAAUUUUUGAAGGAUCUUUUAUCCAACAAGAGUAGGCUUGAAGAGAGUGCAACCAUAGCCCUUCCUAAGGAGGUGAGUGCAAUCAUUCAAAACAAGCUUCCUCAAAAGCUUGGUGAGCCCGGUGGCUAUGCAAUACCGGUAAAGAUUGGAGACUUGGAGGCUAUGGAUGCUUUAUGUGAUCUUGGGUCAAGUGUGAGCUUGAUGCCCUAUUGUAUUGCUAAGAGUUUGAAAGUUGGAGACUUAAAGCCAACAAGAAUGUCCUUACAAUUGGCCGACCGCACGGUUAGGCUACCUUUGGGAAUUCUUGAAGAUGUGCCGGUUCAAGUUAGAAGAUUAUUUGUGCCAUGUGAUUUUGUGGUCAUGGAAAUGGAAGAAGAUACUACGGUGCCCCUAAUCUUGGGAAGACCAUUUUUGAACACCGCGGGUGUUGUGAUUGAUAUGAAGAAAGGAAGAUUGACCUUGAAUGUGGGAGAUGAGAAAAUAUCAUUUUCAUUCCCACAAACAUUGAAAAAGCCAUUGUAUGAUGAAGUUCAUAGAGUUGAUACAUUGGAAAGCGACUUAGAGAAGUUCCAAGAGAAUUUGUUUGAAGGAUAUCCGUUACAAGCUAUAUAA